AUGACAGGUAGUUCAGCCCUGUCUGGGCCAACUCAGGAAACUCCUUGUGGACAAUUCCGGCCAUCUGCGAUUUAUGCAAAAAUCAUGAGAUUACAGCAGCGCCCGCAGCGUGGGAGCGGCGGCGGCCAGUGGGUGGCCCCGAGCGGCGGCGGACAGGGCACGCACGUCGCCGUCGACCGCCGCACCGGCGGGGUCCUCGCGGUCAAGUUCGUGGCCGCCGACCGGGCCGGCGAGCUGCGGCGCGAGCGGGGCAUCCUCCGCGGCCUCAACUCGCCGCACGUCGUGCGCUGCCUGGACGCCGAGGACAGGAGCGGCGGCGGCCUCAACAUGCUCAUGGAGUACGCGCCCGGCGGUUCGCUGGCGGACGAGAUCAGGCGGUGCGGCGGCCGGUGCGCCGAGGCCCUCGUCCGGUCCCGCGCGCGCGACAUCCUGCUCGGGCUGGCGCACGUGCACGCCGCCGGCGUCGCGCACUGCGACGUCAAGGGCCGCAACGUGCUCGUCGCCUCCCCGACGGCCGCGCCCUGA